AUGAAAAAACUGUUUGGUUCCAUUGUUAAGCCUCCCUGCACAGUGGAUGUUGAUUUAGAGCCAUCGGGAAAAGCCACAACUGGAAAGUCUACUAUACUGGUGAACAAUCCAAAAGAUAGAUUUGGAAACGAAGGAGUUGAACAACGAUUGCUUGUUUUUGAUCAAUCCGAUCCAAUUCAAGGAAAGGUUAAGCUGAGUGUCGAGAAACCUUUUGACCAUCUUGGUAUCACGAUUGAAUUAUUUGGAGAAAUUGUCACCUACUUGGAUGGCCGCAACGUUUCAACUUUCUUAUCCCUCUCGAAGGAAUUGGCACCACCAACUGCUCCAAAUUGUCCUCUCUCAAGAGAUGCCGAAUAUGAAUUUAGCUUUAAAUCAGUGGACAAGGAAUGGAACAGUUAUCGUGGUAUCAAUGUGGAUGUGAGAUAUUAUUUGAGAGUCACUGUAAAUCGUUCUGUAAAAGUUAUCAACACAAUUAUCAAGGAACAAGAGUUUUGGGUCCAAAAGAUUGUUCCAAAACCAUCAGAGGAUGAUCCUGGAAUUGGAAUGGAAGUUGGAUUGGAAGGAAUUGUUUUACUUUCGAUCAAAUAUAACAAUGUUCAACACGAUAUUAAGAAUGGUUGCAUUUUGGGAGAUUUACAAUUUUUCCUUGUGAAUGUUAAAAUUGAUAAGGCCGAAGUGAGCAUCAUUAGAAAAGAGACUCUUUUGGGAACUCCAAGUUUGCAAGUUUCUAUGCCUUCCUCUUCGUUUAAAUCAAAUUCAGCAGUUGAUGAAGGCCACUCUGAGCAAGAGGUUUUGCACAAAUUUGAAAUAAUUGAUGGAACACCUGCCAAAGACGAGAAGGUUCCUGUUCGACUUUAUUUAAGGGCAAUCGAGCCAUGGAAAUUAACGAACACUGAAGAAUCUGUCAAUAAGAAAUUCAGUGUGAAAUAUUUCAUUCAUUUGGCUUUGUGUGACACCAAAGGAAGAAGAUUUUUCAAGCAACGAGAAAUCCAGCUUUAUCGUACUGGACUUUAG